AUUAAAACGUGCUGUAGACGAGAAGCGUCAACAUGGACGGUGCUAACGAUGGACGAAUCCAGAAAAUGGAAGUGGAUUAUAGUUCCACAGUUGAUGAAAAAGUUCCACAAUGUGAAAAACUGGCCAAGCAAGGAAAGCUGACUGAAGCAUUGGAUAUUCUACUAUCUUUAGAAAAACAAACAAGGACAGGAGCUGACACACAUUCCACUAGCCGGAUCCUGGUUGCCAUUGUCAAACUCUGUUUUGAUACUCAAAACUGGGAUGCUCUCAAUGAGAAUAUUGUCGUUCUAACCAAGAAAAGAGGACAAAUAAAGCAGUCUGUGACCAAGAUGAUUCAGGAAGCUUGUAGCUAUGUGGAUAAAACUCCUAACUUGGAAGUCAGGUUGAAACUCAUCGACACUCUCAGAACUGUCACAGCUGGGAAGAUUUAUGUAGAAAUAGAGAGAGCCAGACUAACUCGUACCUUGGCCAAGAUCAAAGAGGAUGGAGGGGACAUAACUGAAGCAGCUAAUGUGUUACAGGAGUUACAGGUGGAAACUUUUGGUUCCAUGGAGAAGAGGGAGAAAGUGGAGUUCAUUUUAGAACAGAUGAGACUUUGUUUGGCCAAGAAGGAUUACAUUCGCACACAAAUUAUCAGCAAGAAAAUCAACACCAAAUUCUUUGAUGACGAUGAAGCGAUGGACCUAAAGUUGAAAUAUUACAAGUUGAUGAUAGAUCUGGAUGAGCAUGAAGGAUCCUACUUGGCCAUCUGUCGGCACUAUCUGGCCAUCUACAACACCAAACAGAUCAAAGAGGACACGGACAAGAUGAAGGAGGCCCUUCGCUGUGUCAUUGUAUACCUGACCCUGGCCCCUUAUGACAAUGAACAGUCAGAUCUGAUCCACAGAGUUAAGGAUGAGAAGAACACAGAGGAAUUGCCCAAGUACAGGGAGUUACUGAAACUCUUCACAACAGCAGAGAUCAUUCAGUGGAAGCACUUGUGCCAGCAGUAUGAGACAGAGCUGAAGAAUGGCUCCCCUGGCAACCCACCCACACAUGUAUUUAACACUAAGACAGAGGGUGGUGCUAAACGCUGGCAGGAUCUGAAGACCAGGGUAGUGGAACAUAAUAUUCGAGUGAUGGCAAAGUAUUACACACGGAUAAGGAUGAAGAAGAUGUCUGAUUUACUGGAUUUACCUGAAAGUGAUACAGAAGAGUUCUUAUCCAAUCUUGUAGUGAAUAAGACAGUUACAGCCAAAAUUGAUCGCUUGGACGGAAUUAUUAACUUCAGCCAGCGUAAAGAUCCUAAUGACAUACUGAAUGAUUGGGCAUGUAACAGCAAUGACCUCAUGCAGCUGGUCAACAAAACCAACCAUCUCAUCACGAAGGAAGAAAUGGUCCACAAACUUUAUUAACAUCUAUUUUCUCUGUGCUUGGCCAGUUCUAUGGCAUCUACUUGUGUGUUUUGUCAUUGUCAUUAAACUUGACAUCAAAUUC